AUGUUUCAAGUAGAUCAACUAUCUUGUCCACAUGCUUUGGCUGUGUUUGCAAGUAUGAAGCUGGAUCCAUAUGAAUAUUGUUCCUACUACCAUACAAGUGAAGCAUACAGAAAUACACACCAAGAAACAAUUUUUCCUGUAGGAAAUCCUGCUGAAUGGAUAGUAUCAAAUGAUGUCCAUGACAUAGUUGUAAUUGUACCUUAUCAAAAAUGUAGUUGUGGAAGGCUUACUGAGAAGAGAUUCAAACCAGCAUAUGAAGAAAACAUAACCAUCAAAUGCGGUUGGUGUGGUAAAAGUGGUCACAAUCGUGGAACAUGUAGCAGUCUAGUUCCGUUAAGUCAAAGCCACAAGAAUAAAGAGUGGAAGAAGAUGAAGACUAGCAAUCCACAUUGA